AUGUUCGGAGGCAUCGCAAGAGAUCAUUGAUCUGCUGAUAGCGACGAAUUUAGUUGAUUUUGGAUACGUGGAUGACAUCAACGAACGUUCGUGCUUACAUGUCGCAGCAAUGGCAGGUCGACGGGAUCUAUUGGAGAUUUGUACAGAACGCGGGGCAAAAGUACAGGCAGCGGAUGCUUAUGGACGAGCAGCGCUCCAUUAUACAACAAUGAAUGGAUUUAGCGAAUGCGUAUCCUUUUUGCUUACACAAAACGCCGAUAUCGAGGCGCGGGACCACGACGGUUACAGCCCUUUGCUCUAUGCGGUGAUAAACGGGCACGCGACAUGCGUUGAUAUCUUGAUUAAGGCUGGCGCAGACAUUGAACCAAAGCACGACGCCGACCAUAUUCCUCUAUCCCUGGCAUGCUACUAUGGUCACACGGACAUCGCGUUGAUCUUAUACCAACGCGGCGCGAAAAAUCUGCCCAAUGCGGAAUCGCUUUAUCCACUUCAUUUGGCCGCACGUCAAGGUCAUGUUGAGUUAUGUCGUAUGCUGGCACGCAACCGUGACGAUCUGGAUGUUCCGGACAAGUACAAUUCAUGGACACCGCUGUUUUGGGCUGCAAGUGAUGGACAUGCGGAAUGUGUGCGGAUAUUGAUCGAAGCGGGCUGCAAGGUCAAUCUGAAGGACGAAUAUGGCAAGACAGCAUUGUACUAUGCUGCAUGGGAAGGUCAGAUGGAAUGUGUACAGUUACUGAUUGACGCCGGAUGCGAGGUGGAGCCCGUGUUGGAUCAGUCUCAAGCAUCGACAACUGGAACACAAGUCACACGCAUGGAAGAAGAUGAUGAACAAGAACCCGAACACGAACUGGAUGCUAUCCCUUCUCUCUCAUUACCACCACCCAUCCUUCCUUUCCGUAUCUAUGGCCACAGCUAUCUGGACCGCAAAUACCAAGUUCAAAUCAGCCUCCAUCAACCACCUAUUCGCCUUUACGACAACACACAAAUAUCAUCCUUAAAAUUGAUCAUCACAUCAAAGCCUGACACGGGUAUGAUUCCACAUAGCGUCAUUUUGCCGCUUGUCGAUGAUCGCGAAAUAUUCAGCUUCCAGGUUGACAAGCUCGACGACUUUCUGCUCGAAUUUGAUAUCUUUGCUACGUUCGGAUCCAAGGUCCUCGGCCGAGGCGUGGCCUUGCCCGAAACGUUCUCAAAAGCUGACUUUAAGAUCACUGAAGGCCAUCGCACUAUUCCACUCCUCGACAGCCAUCUCAAGGUCAUAGGUGAACUCGCUUACGAUUAUUCUGUGGUGAAGCCUUUCCGUGGCGUCCAGCUCGAAAUCGGGGGUCGUAUUGAAACAUACUGGAAAUCCACAAACAUCGUUAUGCCCUCGUCUUCUUCAGCUUCAGUCGCAUCUGCACCUCCGGCAGCCCGCCUAACACCUGAGCCACCUCUUCCACAACCAUCCUCCGACUCUAUCGGGACAAUCACCGCUGCCACCACUACCGCCACUGCUCCCACCAGUACAACACCAACUACUCACCCUGUAUCUAUGACCUCGUCAACUACGCUUCCAUCCUUUAUUACGGCAUCAUCUUUAGCGGGCGAUUAUGUGCGUGUGGCCGUUCAAUUAACCAAAGACUACGUACCGGUGGUAUUUGCAAACUGGCUUGUACCAUUUGAAGAUUUGGACUUGGCCGUUUCUGAUCUCACCUUUGAACAAUACUGUCAACUUGGACGCAAAAUUAUGGCCAACGCUCAAAAUCGUGGCAGCAAUGAUCCAAACCAGCAGAUAUGUCCGAUGACAGGCAAUAGCAUGAUUGUGCAACGUCUGAACUCUGAGCCAGGAUUCUUGUCACUAGAGCAAGUACUUCGGGUAAGUUUCAUGAUUUGGGACGCCUCCAAAGAGAGUCAGAGAAAGCGAACAAAGAUUCACCAUCGGGUAAUUUAGCAUUUGCCACCGAAUAUGGGCAUCCACGUUGAUCUCAAGUAUCCUACAGUGUGUGAACUUGAUAUUCAUUCGUUUUCCAAUUUACAAGAUCGGAAUGGGUUUGUGGAUGUCGUGUUGCAGACUGUUUACGACUAUGUUCGGUCAUUACCU